GCGGUUUGGGGACAAGAACGUGUCACGUGGCUGCACCCUCUCCUCCCUGAGGAAGUGAAUGCAGGAAGGAAACCGGACCGGAGUACAGGGAAAAGAGGAACUUAACCAAGUGGGAGAAAAGGGAGGAGAGGGGGACAAUCUGAAAGGAGAGAAGUCUAUAGGAAGCUAUAGAUCUUUGCAAGCAUAUAUCAUAAUAAGGAGCUAUAUUGCACAAAAAUUACUAAGUUUGUUUUUUCCUAUUUCAUUCUCCUUGACACCCAGAAAUGAGUGGGCGCUACACUCACGCUGUGGUGAGGGGGGUCCCUUCCUCCCUAGCCAAAGAAGCCAAUGGGCAGGUAGACCUGGCACGGGCACAGCGUGAGAAUGGAGUCUACUGUGGAAUCCUGAGACAGAAGCUUGGGCUGCAGGUGGUGGAGUUGCCACCCAAUGAAGAACUGCCCCGGGGCCAGUUGAUAGGGGACACAGCUGUAGUGAUAGCAGAUACAGCCCUCAUCACCCGCCCAUGGAUACCUGCAAGGAGGAAAGAGACCGAAGGCCUGCAAAAAAUAUUUGAGGAGCUGAAAUUCCGAGUCUGUGAACUCAAUGAUGAAAAUGCCACUCUGGAUGCAAGUGAUAUACUUUUUACAGGUUCAGAGAUUUUUGUAGGCUUGUCUAAAUGGACCAAUCUUAGAGGUGCUGAAAUGGUGGCAAAGACCUACCAGGAUUAUGCUGUUUCAACUGUUCCAGUGUCUGGGGACUUGCACCUUAAAAGCUUCUGCAGUAUGGGGGGACCCGACACCCUGGUCAUUGGAAGUAGCGAUACAGCCAGAAAGGCACUGAAGACCAUGGAACAACUGACCGACCAUCACUACGAGACUCUGACUGUUCCUGAUGAUCCAGCAGCUAACUGCAUCUAUGCUCGUGUGGGACCUAAAUCCAGCGUCCUAAUUCACCGCAGCGCGGAUGAGUACCCCAACAGUGCUCAGGUGUUCCAGAAACUGACAGAUUACACUCUGGUCCCGGCUACUUGUACAGAAUUAUCCAAGAUCGGAGGCUGCCUGACUUCUUGCUCUAUAUUAAUAAACCGCAAGCUAGAAAUCUGAUUUAUGAGCCAUAUUCUGCCAAUCAUUUUACUGACUGGAGCCCUGUGUGUAGAUGCUGUUUUGCUUCUUGUGUGGGUGUAUAUGCUCUCUCUCUCUACAUGGCUCUCUGAGCAAACUGUGGUUUACAUACAAUACACGCACUUAUGUAGAAUAGCUGUAUCCACCUGCACAAAAGACCAAGGCUGCCUAACGAUUUCAUUAUUUUUCUGUAUCAUUCUCCCGGUGAAUUUAUUCCUUUUUUGAAUUUGAGAAAACAGAAAUAAAACGGACAGGAUUUUUGUAUUC